AUGGGCUUCAAGGCACCCGAGGUCCAUGAGACUCUGAUUCUCGAGGGCCCGAAAGGCGCGCCUGAGAAGAAAAGUCGAAAGGCUUCGAUUUCCUUGCUGCUCAAGAGGGCGAGGGACAGCGAAUGCAGUCUGGACACAGUCCACAAGCACGGAUGGAAACCUCUGACCUUGAGCGCCCCCGUUUUAUUUUCCUUCGCUUUUGCAUCCUUUAUCCUCGCCGUCAUCAUCGAGGUUCUCGCAUGGCAAAGCCGGGUCAAGGGAGGACUCGCCCUCUCCAAAUCGGCGGAUGACAUACCGCCUUUUGCGAACUUUUGCUACCUCUUCCUACCUACGAUUGUCGCCGUUAUAUACAGCUUGCUUUGGAGUUGGAUCGACCUAGACGUUAAGCGUAUACUGCCAUGGUUGGAAAUGUCAAAGCCGGGGGGCGCAACUGCCGAAGGGUCGAUAUUUCUGGACUACCCCUACGACUUCAUUGCAUUUGUUCCGAUUGAAGCAGCCAAGAGACGUCACUGGGCCGUAUUCUAUGGCGGCACAGUCAUGGUAAUGAUUUUCUGGCUUAUAACACCACUCCAGAGUGCAAUACUCGGCACGGGACCAGUAGAUGUUCGAAGAACGACAACGGUGUCUAUCCCUGAAGCACUCCGGCCGGCAUCGGAACAGAUAUUGCCCAUGGAUCAAUCCAUACUCAACGAAGGGUAUGCCAUCACCUGGCUCAACCAAACUUAUCCUCCGUACACCACUGCCGAUUACACGCUCUUGCCUUUCACGGUUGACAGUGAUGUCGAACAAACAGCGUCAACUAACUGGACUGGGUCCACAACCAAGUUUUGGACUCAAUUAGAUUGUUGGCCAGCCCAACUUGCUCCUCGCGGGCCAUAUUACGAUUUUUUGGACGGCCGUGGCUGCAAUGCCAGCGAUAUCGUGCCUUUCGGCGGAUUCCCAAGCAGCGAUGAACUCUACAAAAUGCAAUACAUUGGCUACCAUAACAGCGCCUGGGCUGACUACUGGCUUUCCCAGUCGUGUUCCAAAGCCGCGCAGCAUCAAUUCUUGGCCAUUUGGGCCCGAGUGGAGGAUGUUAGUGCCAUAUUUUGCGAAACGAACUACUUCAAGCAGCAGGUCAACGCCACUGUAUCGUCUGUCACCAAACGGCCCCUCGAAGACUCUGUUGUGCCAGCGGGGCCCCGGGAACGACUUUCAUCAACAGAGUUCAACUCAUCAGCUUUCGAAUAUCUCCUCGGUGCUGGCGUCUCAUCCGUCGAACUUGAGGUCAGGCGAGAUUAUCCUUUUGGCCAUCUGCUUGAGCAGCACUAUCAAGUCAAGCAUUUAGCUAUAAGGUGGCCAUCGUCACCCUUGGUGGGCUUCGCUAUUGGACAAAAGAACGUGACCACCCUCGACUCUUUCCAGAACCACGAGUUUCUAGGGGAUGGUUUCAACAGGACACAUAAGCUUCUUUUUUCUAUCGCGCUACGUCGUAUGCUUGCCAGCACCACAAGCGAACCCCAAACCAGGGGUGUUGUGGACUUUGAGCAAUAUGGGAUCAUCGUGAGCAGAAUAUUCUCAGCUAUUGUGGAAGGCUUACUGGCACUGGUCGGCAUUUUCACGAUCAUGCUUUGGUGGCAUUGUCACAGAGCAACGAGUAGACUAACCAUGGACCCGGCUUCGUUGGGAUCAUUGAUGAGUUUAUGUAAGAACAGCUUUGUACUGUUGGACAAAUUUGCUGGGAAGGGCUGUCUUCCCGACGAUGAGCUCAAAGAAGCGUUCCAAGACAAGCGAUUUCAGCUAUUCUGCGGCUGCCAGUCCCGUUCAGGGCAAAUGAUCAUCAAAGUCGUCGACACCCGCGUGCAGUCCCACGAAAGUCAGCGACUCAGCAUCGAGCCAGAUCUUCCAUUGUCCAUGGGCCACUAUUCGCCCAUCAAACCGCUGGCCCUGAGAAGGGAAAUUGGUGUAUUCGUGAUCCUCUGCAUGGUAGGCGCAGCUGUUGCGCUUAUCUACUUGAAGUUGGAGGAGCUGCGCAUCGGAGGGCUCAUAAGGCCAACCACGAACUUCGAACUUCUCCAGAUUCUUGAAAAUUACGUCCCAACCAUAUUUGCAACAUUCCUGGAGCCAUUCUGGGUCCUCGUCAAUAGACUGCUCUGCAUUCUACAACCCUUCAAGGAUCUAUGGACUGGCCGACGAGCCGCCGAUCGCUCUAUCAACGCAAGGUAUACCUCUUUGCCCCCUCAGCUAGUAAUUUGGCGGGCGGCAAGGUCUGGCCACUUCGUCCUGGUCUCAAUCUGCCUGCUUGCUCUUCUUGCGAACCUACUCGCCGUCGGCCUCGGUGGUCUUUUUAACGAAUCGCCUGUUCUCGUCAACAAUACUUUCGAAUAUCAGCAGACGAUGAUGCCAACGCUCAAUAACGAUUCAGUACUUAGCCGAGCCAACCGGGAGGCAUACCUUGGGACUGUCAUCCCAUACGAGAUGCACUUCUACAUCGCCAUGAACAACAUCACACAGGGCACUCCUCUACCUCCCUGGGUGACCAAGGAGUAUUUUUUCCAACCUUUCGCUCCUCCUCCUCCUAGGACCAGCAACAAAGGCGAGGUCUAUACGGCUCGCACCAGGGGUUUCGGCGUGCUUCCGUCUUGCUUCGACGCCGGCAUCGUUAAAAGUCGCGUGAGGCCCCCUGUCCUGAAUUAUACAUACACACGCCACGGCGAAGUGCUCGAUUGCCCGACGACUUUUGAACCAAGUAACUUGAGUCUCAACAGAACCUAUAGCAUGCAACCCUCCGGGCCUUCUGCCGCCGAAGAUGUGUCGAAUAAUGCAACCGCCGGAUAUACGAGCUGCGCUGUUCCGCUUUAUCUUUCUUGGGCAAGAACACCGGAUGGGUUGAACAAAAAAGACGGCGAAGUGACGACCCAAUUCGUUGUUUGCGAGCCCCAGUUCACCACGAGCAUGUUCGAUGUCACCGUAGACCCACAAGGUCACGUUCUCAACACCACGCAAGUAUCCGAGCCGUCGUCGACCCUCAGCACGCCAACCUCGAAGAACAACACAGAAAUGAUGGCAAUAUACCUAAACAGCUUGAUGCCGGGGAAAACUUUCCCCUGGCACAACGACACGCUCUCCAACGACUGGAUGAACUACCUGAUAAAGAUCCAGCCCGGACAGAGCGAUGUGCUUAGCCCGCUGACGACGCCGAACACGACAACCAUCAUCCCCGCCGCCGAACGCAUCUACCGCCAGCUCUACGCCAUCUUCCUAAGCCUGAACCCCGGCUUCUUCGACAACUACGCGGAACCCGUCAUGGUCACCGGCAGCGAGCGUCACACCGAAGUGCGGAUUUUCAUGGACAACACCGCCCUCGCCAUCAGCCUUUCCGUGCUCGGCGUCAACAUUGCCGUCGCCGUCGCGCUCUACGGCUUCACCAUUAAGCACUUCCUGCCGCGCAUGCCGACAACGAUCGGGUCGAUCAUGGCCUACCUCGCGCCCAGCAGGGCCAUUCGCGAGUACGAGUGGCCCGGUGAUACGAGCAGACUUGACGGUGGGAAGAGGGGCGACGGGUUGGGCAGCAAGAGCGGCGGCCUAAAGAAGGCGCCAACGUUCAGCUUCGGUCGGUACGUCGGCGACGACGGGCGCGCGCACGUGGGCAUCGAGAUGGACCCUUAUGUGGUGCCCGUGAAACUGUCGGCGUUGAGGAGGGGGGAUACAGAACCGAGGGCGGGGUUGCUGAGGCGUGUGCUGGGCCGAGGGACGAAGGAGGGAAGAGGCGACACAUGGUUAUAG